ACAGCUUUCACGGAAUGAGAUCCGGCAGCUUGAAACCCAACUGGAGGAAAGGGAGAAGGAGUUGACCCAGUUAAACAAAGGAAUGGGCAAGGAAAAGAAAACCAACGAGGAGUUGGCUGUGCGAGCAGAGGAGGCUGAGGAGGAGGUCAAGAAACUGAAAAGAGAGUUAAAAAAAAUUAGGAAAAAGAAUGAGCAGCUCCAGCAGGACGUGGACUUCUACCGCGGGGAACUGGACCAGAAAGAGCCGGCUUCGUCCAGGUCUGAGGAUGCUGAGACUCAGAGGAAGCUCAACUUGGCUAACCGCCAGCUUUACCAGUGCUUGGAAGACCUACAGCGGGCCGAAGAUGAAAACCUACACCUGAAGACACAGAAUGAGCAGAUGCAAAAUAGUCUGGAGGAGUCUGUGAAGGAGAUGGAAAAGAUGACGGAUGAAUACAACAAAAUGAAGAUCGUCGUACAGCAGACUGACUCCAUUAUGGACCAGCUUAGGAAGGAGAGGGAUCACGCAAAGCUUCAAGUCAGGCAGUUGACGGAUAAGAUUCAUAGCAUGACUGAAGAGAAUGACCCAAUUUUGGCAGCAGUCAAUGCCAAAGUGGAAGAAUGGAAGAGAGUGCUCUCUGGGAAGGAUGAUGAAAUUUUGGUGUACCAGCAGAUGAUCCGCGACCUGAGGGAAAAACUGCGUUCAGCCCAGCUGGACUUGGACAAAAGCAACAUUAUUGCUUUGCAGCAGGUCAUAUAUGAGGUCUGCGGUGCCGUCCAAGAACGAGAUAAUCAAAUCAAGAUGCUGAGUGAGCAGGUGGAGCAGUACACAGGGGAAAUGGAGAAGCACACCCAGCUCAUUGAGGAGCUAAAGACGUCCACGAAGAAAGACAGAGGCCUGCCAUCGACCAUGCAGCAGAGGAAAAUGGAGGAGUUGAAAUCCAGGCUAGAAGCAGCAGAGACCAGAGUAAUGGAGGCAGAGCAGGCGGUAAAACUGGCGGAAGCUCACGCUGAGGACAAAGACAAAGCACUCAUUGAGGCCUCCAACCGCUUGAGCCAGUAUGAGUCUGGCGUUUAUGGUCUGGAAGCAGCCAUUGCAGAGAUCAAAGAGUGUAAAAAUCAGAUUAGAGUGAGAGAUCGUGAGGCCGAGGCCAUGACCAAAGAGAUCAACCAGCUCGAGAUGAGAAUCAAUGACCUCAUGGAUGAAAAUGAGGAUUUUCGAGAAAAACUAGGGCUGAAACCAAAGCAGGAAGUGGAUCUCACAGAGUUCAGACGUGCCAAAGAUCUCAGACAACGCCAGUACAAAGCAGAAAACCAAGUCCUCACCAAAGAGAUUGAACGUCUUGAAGAGGAACGACUGGAGCUAAAGAAACAAAUCAGACGCAUAGUGAAGGAAAGAGCCGCAGGGAUCUCAGAGUCGAGCUCUCUGCUGGAGGAAGAUGCCGGGCCUAGCAGAACAGCUCAGGCUCUGCUCAAACAGAGCAACGCUUACACGGACGAAGGGCUCAGGCGAAAGAACGAGUACCUCGAAAAAGAACUGAGGAGCAAGGAGAGGGAUUUACAAGUCCACAAGACCCAGUUUCAGUACAAAUUGGAGGAGCUGUCGAAAGAGAAAAGGGAGCUUGAGGCUGCAUUGAGAGAUGUCCUUCAAGCUAUGAGGGCGAAUCAACAGACCACUCUGUCUGAUGGUGCUGUCUCCAUUCCUAAUUUGGAAAGGUUGGAUAAUGCUAUGGAGGUCAGUGGGCAGUUGGAGUCAGGCCCGCAUCUGAAAUCUCACAUACAUCAGCUGGUGGGGAGGAAUGAAGAACUGAGGCAGGAGCUGAAAUUGGCCCGUGAAGAGGCAACGAGCAGCCUCAGUCAGCUGGCAGGAGCCAAAGAGAAGGUGAGACAACUGGAAGAACAGCUAGAGCUACUCAGGGAGUCGGGCACCGGUGAAGUCAUCCUCCGGCCUCUGACCCUCCCGGAGGGCCUCGGUCCCAGCAGCACCGAGAUCAUUAGUUCCCUGAACGAGUACGCCGUUCGACUCCUGCAGGAACUCAAAAACGAGGAGGUAAAAGGCAAGAAACUGACAGGAACACUGGAAGAAUACAAGGAUAAAUUUGCUGUUAUUAGCCAUCAACAGGGACUCCUAUAUAAGGAAUACCUAAGUGAGAGGGCAGAAUGGCAAAAGGAGAAGGAGACAAUGACAGAGAUGAAGAACAAGCUGGAUGAGCAAAAGCAGGUGGACGAUGUCAAAAUCCAAGAGUUCAACGACCUGCUGGACACCCUUAAGAAGGACCCAGAGGAAAUCAGGAAACAGUUGAGCGAAGCGUAUCGCAAGCUAACAGUGUUAAAGGUUAAUGAGAAGAAACUGACACGGCGCUACACCACGCUGCUGGAACAGGAACAGCACCUCCGCAAGGAAAACAACAAGCUGAGGGAUGAGAGCAGCCAGAUGCAGACUUCUGUCAUGCAGAGGAUAGGUUACCUUCAGAGAUACAAGGAAAUGGCUGCAUAUAAGAUAGCGGCGCUGCAGAAAGCCCUGGAUGAAAGCGUGCCUUCAUCGGACCUGGAGAAGGCUAACAAACAGUACACAGAGCUAACAGUCAAAUACAGAGACAUGCUACAGAGGGACGGCCGCCUCAUUCAGAGAACCACCAAUCUUGAACAUCUGGAGAGCGAGAAUGAUUCUCUCCGAGAACAGAUCUCUGCCUUGAGUAAAGAACUGGAGAUCACGAAGGAGAAACUUAAUACAUUAGAGCAAGCAUGGGAGAGGAUCGAUUCAAAUGGAGGGGAAAAUGGCAUGGGUAAGGCAGACAAAGCCUUUGUCAACAAUGAGAUGGUGUCCACUGCGAGAAGAAUCACCACUUUAGAGAUGAAGGAGCUGAAUGAGAGGCAGAGAGCCGAGCACGCCCACAAAAUGUACCAACACUUGAGAAACUCCCUCAGGCAGGUGGAGGAGCGCAACUUGGAACUGGAGUCCAAGUUCGCAGAGUUAACCAAGAUGAAUGUGGAGGCCCAAAGGGUUGAGCGGGAGUUGAGAGACGAGCUGGCUGACAGCAUCAGCAAAGCUGUGAGCGACGCCGACAGAGCCAAGAUUGCAGAGUUGGAGAAGACGGAGGCUGAACUUCGCGUCGAGGUUUCAAAGCUUCAGGAGGUGUCCGAUGUGGCCAUGACACAGGUGUCUGCUUUACAGGCCAGGCAGCAAUCCAAAGACAAAGAGGUCGAAGCUUUGAGGAGGCAAAUACUGGACUACCAGUCGCAGUCGGAUGAGAAGGCUCUAAUUGCUAAACUCCAUCAGCACAUCGUAGCUCUGCAGCUCAGUGAGUCAGCUGCUCUGGGAAAACUGGAGGCUACCACUUCUCACAUAAAACAGCUGGAGGCCUACAAGCUGCGCGCUGAACAGCGGCUGGAUGCCAGCGAGCGGACGCUGUUCCUCGCCCGCCACGAGGGCAGAAAUCGUUCCAAGCACCUAAGACAGACCAUCCAGUCGCUACGGAGGCAGUUUGCUGGAGCUCUGCCACUUCCCCAGCAGGAGAAGUUCUCUGUGACCAUGGUGAACCUGCAGGAGGACCGAGCAAAAGCUCAGGAGGAGAAGAGGAAGGCAGAGGAGGAGAGGAGGAGGGCGGAGGGGAGGGCUGAGGAGCUGGAACUGAAGCUUCGAGGCCUGGAGGAGCUCAUCUCUACACUGAAGGACGUGAAAGGGGCCCAGAAGGUAACUGAGUGGCACAAGAAGAUGGAAGAAGCUCGUCUGCAGGAGCUGAGGAAAGGCAGGGAGCUGGUGGUGCAGAAGGAGGAAAUCAGGUAUCUGAAGAAACUCGUGGAGGAGCAGGAACGAACCAUCUGCUCACUGGAAGAGGAUAUUGUGCAGCAAAACAAUCUUCAUGAAGAACGCCAGCUUGCCUGGGAUCAGCGAGAGGUGGAGCUGGAGCGCCAACUGGACAACUAUGAGAAGCAACAGAAUGAAAUUCUGAGCAGUGCAGAAAAUUCUGAGGAUGGUACAAGAGUCCUACCAGACCCAACGCUCCCACUUGCUCACCAGUUAGAGUUUGCUUUGAGUAAAAUCAAAGAACAUGUCCGCACCAUCAUGGACACACAGGCCAUCUGCAAAAAUUUGGACAAGAAGUUGAAAGAGAAGGAAGCAGCUCUGUGGAAGGCUGAACAGAACGUCAUGUCCAGGGAUAAAGUGAUCAACGAGUUACGUCUCCGGCUCCCAGCUACAGCCAGCAGAGAACGGUUGCUAGCUGACCUUGUCAAGCAUGAAGACGGCCGGUCAGACAAUCAGCCUGCCAUGGAGCUGGCUCACCAGACUAUCAAAGACCUUCAAAGCCGCCUUGACAAAAAAGAGGAUGUGCUGAAGAAAUAUCAGAACCAGCUGGCUCAAGCUAGACAGGACCAGGAGGAAAUGAUAAAGAGACAUCAGGAGGAGUUGAAAAUGCUGCAUCAGAAGCUGGACUUGCACACAGACACCUCCCUGGAUCGUUUCAAACAGACAGCAAUGGAAUUGAUGAAGAAGCCCACAAUCAGGGUUCCAACCUCCAAACACCUGGAGCGUCUGGCUGAAUUAGAGCAGACCGUGGCCGAACAGGACAUUUCUCUCUCCUCCGUCACAGAGAAGCUAAAGCUGACCACUGCUGAGCUGGAGAGGCAGAAAACUGCUGUGGAAGCACAGGCUAAGAAGCACGCAGACGAGAUGUCAAAGUUGGAGGAAUGUCAGGUUGCCCAGGUGAAAGCUCUGACCGCCGAGGCUGAGGAUCAGAGGAGCCAGAUGGCCCAGAUGGAGAAGGAGAUGAACUACCUCGCAACUGAGCUGGAAGCCCAGAAGGAAGCCAACGUCCGCUCCCCCAGCAACACCAUGAAAAACCUCGUAGAACGACUGAAAGCACAACUCACCCAGAAAGAGAAACAACUCAAGGCUCUUAGCAAGGCUCUGUUGGAGCUUCGGGCAGAGAUGACAUCUGCUGCCGAGCAGCAAGUCAUAGCAAGUGCUGCACAGAAAGAGGAGAGUAUCAAUGUACAGAUGCUGGUCGACAGACACACCAAAGACCUGAAGGCACGGGUAGAAGAGCUUAAUGAAGAACUUCAAGCUGCAAAGGAGUCUGCCAAAGCAGCCAAAGGCCGUGAGAACACUCUGAAAGAGGAAGUGGAUGGGCUGAACCAAGACAUCCAGAGAUGUCAGAAAACGCAGCGACGCCUGCUGGCUGAAAGGGAGGAGCGGGACCAAGAAAUUCUGGAGCUCAAGCAGCAAAUCAAGAGGCUCACCAGUGCACUUCAGAAUCAACCAGAACCAGAUGGGAAGGGGCCAACCCUGGAGAAUCUGCAGAAGAAGAUCCGAAGGCUGGAGUCUGACUUGGAGAAAAGAGGGGAAAUAAAAAAUGUUAAAGAUGAUCACGGAAAGAGUAAAGAAGAAAUGGUGCGGUGGGAGGAGGGAAAGAAAUGGCAGGCCAGGAUCGAGAAGGUGAAGAGUUCACUGAAGGAGAAGGAGCGAGAGAAUGAGUCCCUGUCAAAACAGUUCAGCACUCUCAAAGAUCUGUACGCCAGGGUGGAACAAGAGAAGGGCGCGCUGCAGAAAAAGCUGAAGGCUCGAGGUGUGACUGCCGAUCAGGUGGUGGGAGUGCGAUCCACUGAAAUGGAAAAGGAGAUGGAGGAGCUGAAGAAGAAGAACUCUGAGCUGGAGACACAAAUCCUCACCAUAAAACAGCACCAGGCUUUACCUCGUGAUGACGCCAUGGAGAAUCUGAUGCUGAGGAACCGCUCCCUGGAGGAGAGACUCCACUCCUUAGAGAGCCAGAUAGCCAAGGAACCUCCAUCAAGACCAUCUGAGAAAAGCUUAUCCUCCCAGGCUCUGAGGGGGAUUUCUUCUCUUACUUUUGAUGUUGAGGAGGGGUCAUGCGAUGGGAACGCAGCAUCCCGUCCUGUGGAGUCCUCCAGCCGCUCCCCCAGACCUCAAGCUGCCGGGCGCAGAGUCGGCCAUCAGAGGGAGCCAAAGAAAAGCCAGGCAGCCGGAAAAACACAAACCGGCUCUGUGGCAGCAGAGGAUGUUUGCACCGAGCAGCGGCGACCGAGCCCCCGUGUGAGAAAAUUCGCCGCGUAUGGCAAAACAGAUGUGACAGCAGAAGAACACGAUGAUGCCGAUCGUUCUCGUGAAGAUGAGAGACAAACGGCAGGAGCACGAGUUGCCUCUGGCUCUGAAGUUAAGGCGGCUGAAGAAAAGGGAGAACCACAGACCGCAAAGCCAGUGACAGGCAAUGAAAUGACUGAAACAGAGAACGAAGCAUGUGCUGGCGACUUAGAUGAUGAAGAUACAGUCGAUGAUGAUAUGGGGAUAAUGACGGGGAAGCCUCAAAAGCUCAAAGAUGUAGAGGCUGAGACAAAGGAGGCAACAGAGGAAGAUAACCUGGAACAACCAGAGCCAGAUGUUGAUUCUUCCGCCGCACUGAGCAAGCACACAGAGAGGUCAAUGAGUAGAAAAGAGGAUGAUGGAAAACGUGGCAGCAGUUCUCUUAGAUAUCUGAAGACUUCAGGACGAGGCACCGGCACUCCAUCACAGAGAGACCCCGACCUCCAAAAAGAAAACCUGAAGCUAGCCUCAGAGAACCUGGAGCUGCGUUUUCAGCUGGAGCAGGCCAACAGAGACCUACCGAGACUCAAGAAUCAAGUUGCUGACCUUAAAGAGAUGUGCAGUGCACUGAAAAAAGAAAAGGCAGAGAUAGACAAAAAGCUGACGCAAAUACGUGGAACUGGUCACAGUGGGAAAACCGUGCCUGAACUUGAGAAGACUAUUGGGUUGAUGAAGAAGGUGGUGGAGAGGGUACAGAGGGAGAAUGAAACGCUGAAGAAAUCCAGCACAAACCAAGACAGGGUCGCCACCUUGGAGCGGGAAAAUGAAAAACUGAAGGCUGACUAUGAGACCCUGAAGAGUGAAAGCGAAGCCAAGCUCAGCUCAACACUCGAGUCGAAAACCAAAGGACUGGAGAAAAUAGUAAUGGAAAACGAACGCCUACGCAAGGAGAAUAGAAGGGAAAUAGAGGCAGCUGAGAGGCUGAGGGUGACCAAGGCGAGUCUGAAAGUGACCAACGAGAAGCUUGAGACGGAGCUGGAGGAAACCAAGGAGAGGCUGCGGGCAGCUCUAUCCAGACCCAUCACAGAGGGAGCGGACAGUAAGACCUGGAGGUCCUCUGUGGUCACCAGAAUGUUUGAGAACAAGAUGAAAGAACUGGAGAAGGAGCUUACGCAGAAGACCUCCAGCCUCUCUGAACUCAAACAACAGCUGAAGGAAGUGGAAGAGCGUGAGGAGCGAGCUCAGACGAGCAUCCGACAACUGGAAGAUCAGGUUGAAAUGUUGAAAGUGUUUCCUGCCGCUGCCAAGACUGAUGCAGGACUCGCCAAGGAGUUCCAGGCAAUCAAGCGGGUCAACGCUGAGCUGGAGAAGCAGAACGCAGAACUGAAACGGAGGAUCAGCGAGUACACGGAGCGAUACGGUGAGACGUCUUCUAAGCAGGAUUAUGGGAAACUUAAGAACCUUCUGCGGGCAGCUGAAACAGAGAAAACCAAACUCCAAACCGAGGUCACGAAGCUGAAGAAGGAGCUGGAGAACUUUGAUCCAACGUUUUUUGAAGAGAUCGAGGACUUGAAGUAUAACUACAACUUGGAGGUGAAGAAGAACAUCCUGCUGGAGGAGCAGCUGAAGAAGGUGUGCGAUCGCUUUGGUGUGAAGCCUGAGAUGGCCAGCGUGUCCAUCAGUUAACUCAGGUCGCAUGUGCCUUUUAGUGCAUUGUUAAACCUACACUACCAGUCAGACGUUUGGACACACUGUCUCAUUGAACUGAAUGAGAAGGCGUGUCCAAACCUCGACUGGUAGUGUACAUCUGGAUGUGCUCUUAUGGCUUCUAGUUUUUAAUGCAGUUAGAAACCUUCCAAUCACAUUUCUAAAUCUAAUUUUGUAGAAGCUUUAGGACAAAUCUUGUUCCCACAAUAUUCAUUUUAUUGUUAGUCUUUACCGUCACAGUACAUUUUGUUUCUUCGAGGCAGCUGGUUUUUGUUUAUAUGUUAAUAUCAAGUUCUUGGUUUGGCACUGUAACUCAUUUUGUAGCAUAUUUAUAUGAUUCGUUGCAUUUGCCAAUAAAGCAUCUUUUUUUGUUGUA